UUCAUUAAGAGCGGGCCCUCCCACAUCCUUAUUUAAGUUUGGCUGCUGCGCGUGGUGGGUGUAGGUUGUGAGGAAUGCUGUCCCGUUUUGUUGUAGGUGGGCUGUUGUGGCUGGACUUAGCGCUCCAAGUGACGAAAAUGGGGGUUCCCCGAAACCGGCGGCGGAAAAUUGCGAAAGCGGAUUUGAAUGGAAAUCCAGCCCGCCGAGGCCAUUCCUUUGGUUCCUCACAGUCUGCUACCAGAGCCCGCCCUGCACUAGCCAUGGCGGAACUGUGCCGCACAGACUCCACGCUGACGGCCCUGGAUGAGGACGCGCUGUGGGAGAUGAUGGAAAGCCACCGCUACAGGAUCGUGCGGAGCAUCCACCCCAGCCGCCUCACCCCUUACCUACGCCAGGCCAAGGUUCUGGGCCAGCUGGAUGAAGAGGAGAUCCUGCACAGCCCCCGCUUUACCAACAGCGCCAUGAGAGUUGGGCACCUGCUGGACUUGCUGAAGACUCGAGGGAAGAAUGGGGCCAUUGCCUUCCUGGAGAGCCUGAAGUUCCACAACCCCGAUAUCUACACCUUGGUCACUGGACUGCAGCCAGAUGUGGACUUCAGCAACUUCAGCGGCCUCAUGGAGACGUCAAAGCUGACUGCGUGCCUGGCCGGGGCCAUUGGCAGCCUGCAGGAGGAGCUGGCCCAAGAGAAAUCCCAGAAGGAGCUGCUACUGCGGCAGUGCCAGCGGCUGCAGAAGCGCCUGGGCCUGGCCGAGGCUCACGUGGAGGGCCUGCGCCAGCUGGAGUCUGACCACAGUCGCCUGAAGCACGAGGCCAGCGCCCACUUCCAUGAGGUGCUGAAGUUGAAGGACGAGCUGCUGAUCCUCUCCCUGCGCUACAGCAACGCGCUGCAGGAGAAGGAACUGGCCACUUCUCGCUGCCGCAGCCUGCAGGAGGAGCUGUACCUGGUGAGGCAGGAGCUGCAGCGGGUGGACAUGGUGUCUUCCUGUGAGUGGGAAUUCCGAGAGAGGUCCCUGAAGAUGGCCAGCGACCUGGAGUCAGGGGACGAGGAGCUGAGCCGCCUGAAGGAGGAGAACGAAAAGCUGCGCUCGCUGACCUUCAGCCUGGCGGAGAAGGACAUUCUGGAGCAAAACCUGGACGAGGCCUUGGAGAGCAAGCAGGAGCUGGUGGCCCGCAUCCACUCACUGCGCGAGCGGGCUGUGGCUGCAGAGAGGCAGCGGAAGCAGUACUGGGAGGAGAAAGAGCAGACCCUGCUGCAAUUUCGGAAGACGCAGGUGGACUGUGAGCUGUACAGGGAGAAGAUGAGCACACUUCAGGGUCAGGUGGCUGAGCUGCAGAAGGAGCGUGACCAGGCUUAUGCUGCGAGGGAUGGAGCCCAGAUGGAGAUUUCCCAGAGCCUGUUGGAGAAGGACUCCCUCCGUAGGAAAGUGUUUGAGCUCACGGACCAGGUCUGCGAGCUGCGCACUCAGCUGCGCAAGCUGCAGGCAGAACCCACGUCUCAGCCCAAGCAGGAAACUGAGGCCAGGGCACCCUGUCCACGGGGGAAGCAGAGGCUGGCGCGGAUGUAUGCUGUGUGCCCUAGGGAUGACAGUGACAGCCUCCAGGGUUCCACUGAGGCCCAGCUCUGGUGGGACCUGAGUGCCACAUCCAGCCGUGAUCCGGCGGACAGCUUCCGCUCCAGCAGCCCUGUGCCUCCGAGCCAGCAGUCCCUGUACAAGCGGAUGGCAGAGGUCUUCCGGGAAGACCCAGAGCUUUUAAGCAGCUUCCCAGAAAUCCUGGAGGUGGACCCAGGAAUCCCUCUGGGUGCUAAAGCGGAUGAUACAGAACUGGAUUAUGAGAUCCUUGAUGAGGCUGACCUCUCCGAGUCCGAGGGCAGCCCACAGUGCUCUUCCAGAAGCCUUGACAUCUCAGAAAGCACCAUCCCUGUGCGGCGACGGCCAGCGCGCAAGAUCCUGAGUCAGGUUACAGUGCUGGCGUUCCACGGGGCCUCACUGCUGGAGCAGAUUAGUGUCAUUGGUGGAAACCUCACGGGCAUCUUCAUUCACCGGGUCACCCCAGGAUCAGCAGCAGAUGAGAUGGCCUUGCGCCCAGGCACCCAGAUUGUUAUGGUGGACCACGAGGCAUCAGCACCCUCAUUCAAGGCUGCCCUGGAGAAUACCACGCUGGAGCAGGCAGUCAGGCUCCUCCAAAGAGUGACCGGCUUCUGCUGCCUGUCUGUGAAGGUCAACACUGAGGGUUAUAAGAAGCUGGUCCAGGACCUGGAGACCAAAGUGACAACUUCAGGGGACUCAUUCUACAUCCGGGUCAACCUGGCCCUGCAGGGCAGAGCUGAAGGGGAGCUGCAGGUAUAUUGCAAUGAAGUCUUGCACGUCACUGACACCAUGUUCCAGAGCCGCAGCUGCUGGCACGCACACCGUGUCAACCCCUACACCAUGAAGACUGCAGAGCACGGUGCCAUCCCCAACUACUCACAGGCCCAGCAGAGCCUCAUCGCCCUCAUCCAGGACAUGACUCAGCAGCACACAGUCACCCGCAAGUCUUCCAGGGGCCCACAGAAAUUGGUGCGCAUCGUGAGUGUGGACAAAGCCAGCUCCCCAAGGUCCACCUUUGACGAGAGCCAGCUGGACCCCAGCAGGGUGGAAGACCAUGCCAGUGUGUGCUUCUGGGCAGAGAGCUGCUUCACCCUGGCGCCCUACACCCUGGUGCACCCCCACAGGCCCAGCCGGCCCCGACCUGUGAUCGUCUUGCCCAGGAUGGUUGGGAAGGUCCUGAGCAGAAAGCUGUGCCUCCUCCAAGGCUUUAAACAGUGCCCGGCAGAGUACUUGUGCCAGGAGGAGUAUGACACCCGGAGCCAGAGAGGGGACAUCAUCCAGGAGGGAGAGCCCUUUGGUGGCUGCUGCUGGGUGACCCGCCAAGCUGUAGAGUCACUCAUGGAGAAGAACACCCACGCCCUUCUGGAUGUCUGGCUGGGCAGGGUCUGCGUCCUGCACAGGAUGGACAUCUUCCCCAUCAUCAUCCAUGUCUCUAUCAAUGAGAAGACGGCAAAGAAACUCAGGAAGGGCCUGCAGCGGUUCAGCGUCUCAGAGGAGCAGCUCCUGGAGGCAGCCAGACAGGAGGAGGGGGAGCUGGAUAAAGUGCCCUGCCUGUAUAGCAGCCUGGCCCCUGACAGCUGGAGUGACCUAGACGGGCUGCUGGGCUGUGUUCGCCUGGCCAUUGCAGAUGAGCAGAAGAAGGUGGUGUGGACAGAGCAGAGCCCCUGAUGACGCCAUCACACCCCUCCUGGGGCUGUGGGUCUCUGUGUGCCUGUGAAUGCUGCUUUUGCCUUGAGCCAGGGCCUAGGGCACAGCUGGGGCUGCUCAGCACACAAGCCUCGCUGUCCCCUCCCCGGGAGUCAUACUCUGCACCCUCACCUCAUGUGGGUCCUAAACGGUCAAGUCCCUGUUCAUGCUCAGUCCUCUGUGAAAGCCAUUGCCACUCUCUUCCAGGGCUGGUUGUGGGCUUGCUGGCACCCCUGAGGACCUCUCUGCAGGGGUUGGGGGGCUUCCCAAGCCUCCCCAGACCUCCUGGGACACCUGGACCAGUGCUUGUCUGACUGUGGGGGUUACUCUUCCUUUCACAUUCAAAGUAUCAAGGGGUACCUUCUGAGCCAACCGGAGCUGCCAUCCCUACUCAGGACAGGGCAACCCUGGCAGGCUUUUCUCAGUCCCUGAUGGCUAAGUACUGCCUUGGUCCUGCUGGGUGAACGACACCUAUAUAGUCAUGUGUGAGCAGUCCCUGUGGAGAUGGCCCAGGGUAUCCAUAGUCUGCCUAGUGGCCUCCACAACUGGUUCUGGGGACCCAGGAACAUCCUGGAGAGCCAGGCACUCUGCUGGCCACUGGACAGGGCCAGCAGAGUCUUCCUGGGCUGAGAAUGACAGCCUGCCAGCCUUCAUCUGGGCCCAGCAUCCUCAUCCCCCACUACAGUGUGGGAGCAACUCAGCCCGGGCCUGGUGAGCACCUCACCUGCCCGUGACUCCCAGCUCCCAGGACUUCUGCACACUACAUGUCUGUCACUGGACAGUGUCUCUGCACUAGGACAUCC